CCGGAAGCAACCAUUUUCUGCAGAUGUUUUGAACCAAAAUCGUGCUAAAUCAAAAUAUCUAAAUGUGAAAUCAAAUGUUUUAUUUUCUCAUGCAGUGGUUGGACAUUAUUUCUCUACUCUACCCGGUUUUUUCUGUAAGUGUCUCGCCCAACGCGAUCUCCAGUCAUCAUGGACAGUCACAGUGAGGUAUCAGACCUCGACCCAGCCCCUGGCCCUGACAGACCUAUAGGACCUACGAUGGAGGGGGGAAACGCACCUGUCUACUGUAUCUGUCGCAGACCUGACAUCAACUGCUUCAUGAUUGGUUGUGACUGCUGUAACGAGUGGUUUCAUGGUGACUGCAUCGGCAUAUCAGAGAAGGCAGCUAAAGUCAUCCGGGUGUGGUACUGUGAGAAAUGUCGUGCCAAAGACGGGACCCUGGAGAUAAAGUAUCGUCCCAAGAAGACCAAGGAGAAGACGGAGAAGGAGACGGGAGACCAGGGGAAGAAGGAGACGGAGAAGGAGACGGGAGACCAGGAGAAGACGGAGACGGGAGACCAGGGGAAGACGGAGACGGGAGACCAGGGGAAGAAGGAGCCGGGAGACCAGGAGAAGACGGAGACGGGAGACCAGGAGAAGAAGGAGAAGGAGACGGGAGACCAGGAGAAGAAGGAGAAGGAGACGGGAGACCAGGGGAAGAAGGAGACGGGAGACCAGGAGAAGACAGAGAAGCAGCAUCACACUCCAGACCUGAAUAUAGAACACCGCCGAGGUUCACGGGUGAAGCGUUCGGCCCGUAUGUGUGGGGAGUGUGAGCCGUGCAGGAGGACUGAGGACUGUGCUCAGUGUGAUUUCUGUAAAGACAUGAAGAAGUUUGGAGGACCCAAUAAGAUCAGACAGAAGUGCAGGCUCCGGCAGUGUGACGUUCGAGCUCGGAAAAUGCUUCGUGUAAAAGAUGAGGAGUUUGCCCUGUCUGGUCGGGGGGCCAGAGGGAGUCUGAGAAGAGGAGGGCCUCUGUUUGAUGACUACAGUGAGAAUGAGAUGGAGCUCUACCAGCAGUACAAGGCUGCAGGCUACGAGGAUAACAAUAUGCCAUGGCAUAGUGAUGAUGAGGAAGCGACCUUUGACCCCGUACAGCGGAAGAGGGCUGUGAAGGUCAAGCACGUCAAGAGACGAGAGAAGAGAUGGGACAAGAAGGACAAGAAAGAGAAAGAGGUGCGUCGCCACAAGCAGAAGCAGAAGUACCGUGAGCGACUGAAGCACAGUGAGAGGGGUGGCGUGGGCGGCGGCGAGGCUCGGGGGGACAGUGGUGGAGGAGGAGGGGGGAUGAGACAGUGUUUGGGACCAGGGUGUGUGGAGGUCGCCAGGGCCGGCUCCAAAUACUGCUCAGAGGACUGCGGCAUGAAACUGGCUACCAAUCGUAUCUAUGAGAUCUUGCCUCAGAGGAUACAGCAGUGGCAGCAGUCUCCCUGUAUAGCCGAGGAGCAGGGCAAGAGGCUGCUGGAGCGAAUCAGGAGAGAUCAGCAGUCAGCCCGCCUGAGACUCACGGACAUGGAGAAACGCUUCCACGAGCUGGAGGGGAUCAUCGCCAAGGCUAAGCAACAGGUGGUGCAACAGGACGAAGAGGUGAAUGAGGCCGAAGGGGACACAGACACAGACCUGCAGAUAUUCUGCGUGUCCUGCAGUCACCCCGUCAACCCCAAGGUGGCGCUAAGACACAUGGAGAGAUGCUACGCUAAGUAUGAGAGCCAGACCUCCUUCGGCUCCAUGUACCCCACACGCAUCGAAGGUGCAACCAGACUGUUCUGUGACGUAUACAACCCUCAGAGUAAAACCUACUGUAAGAGACUCCAGGUGUUGUGUCCUGAACACUCUAGAGACCCCAAGGUUACUGUGGACGAGGUGUGUGGCUGUCCCCUGGUGAGAGACGUCUUCCAGCCCACAGGAGAGUACUGCCGGGUGUCGAAGCGCAAGUGUAACAAGCAUUACUGCUGGGAGAAACUGAGGAGGGCUGAGGUGGACCUGGAGAGAGUCAGAGUGUGGUACAAGCUGGACGAGCUCUUUGAGCAGGAGAGGAACGUCCGAACAGCCAUGACCAAUAGAGCAGGUCUCCUGGCCCUCAUGCUGCACCAGACCAUCCAGCACGACCCUGUUACCACUGAUCUCCGCACCGCCAAGGAUAGGGGAUUGGACAGAUGAACUACAGACCCCAGAUGACCAAGCCUCAGAACCAGAACCGUGUGGAAACGUCAACACUCAUUUUGAAUAAAUAUUAACUCAUUUA